GCCGUGGACGUCCGACCUGGUCCCCCCUUGUAUCACGCGUUAUACGAUACUCCUCGCGGGCGAGCGAGUGCUGCGACGAUCGUACUUCUUACACUAAUGCCCGUUCGUCUUUAAUCAACACGCAAAAUACGUACGCGUAUAUCUACUCUGCCGCGACGUAAUCAUCAAACGUAUUUUCCGUUCGGUAUUUACUUUUUUUAAACAAAGUUACGUUCGAAGUGUCGGUGGUGCUGACUUUUUGAAUAACGCUGCAGCUGCUCGAUAAAAGAGAGCCAGGAUGCCGGUUUUUCACACGAAAACCAUCGAGAGCAUCCUCGAGCCUGUCGCACAACAGGUGUCGAGGCUGGUCAUAUUACACGAGGAGGCCGAAGAUGGAAACGCCAUGCCAGACUUGGAGAGGCCCGUCAAAGUCGUCAGCCAAGCAGUGGCCAAUCUCGUCAAGGUUGGCAAAGAGACGAUCAAUUCGUCGGACGACGCCCUGCUCAAGCAAGACAUGCCCUCAUCGCUGAAACGAGUCGAGGGUGCUUCACACUUGUUGGAGGAGGCCUCGGUCAUGCUGAAGAACGACCCCUACUCCAGCUCCGCCAGUAGAACGCACACUGUUUAUGAGUAUAAAAUGACGUACAGAAAAAAAUUAAUAGAAGGCUCGCGCGGCAUUCUCCAAGGCACGAGCUCGCUGCUGCUGUGCUUCGACGAGAGCGAGGUCCGGAAAAUAAUACGCGAGUGCAAGCGCGUCCUCGACUACUUGGCCGUGGCCGAGGUCAUCGAGACCAUGGAGGACCUGGUGCACUUUUUGAAGAACCUCAGCCCGUGCCUGAGCAAAGUGUCCCGCGAGAUCAGCGCCCGUGAAAAGGAGCUCACCCACCAGGUCCACAGGGAGAUACUCGUCAGGUGCUUGGACCAGGUGAAAACUCUGGCCCCGAUCCUCAUAUGCUCGAUGAAAAUCUUCAUACACAUAAUAUCGAGCGGCGGCCGAGGUGCCGAGGAGGCGGCCGAGAAUCGCAACUACCUCUCGGGCCGCAUGUCCGAGGAGAUAAACGAGAUCAUCCGCGUGCUCCAGUUGACGACUUACGACGAGGACGAGUGGGACGCGGAUCAGUUGACGCUGCUGAAGAAGGCCCAGAGCGCGAUCGAGUCGCGCGUCAAGCCGGCCUUUGACUGGUUGGACAAUGGGAACGCGCUCCGAGGUGGGGUGGGUGAGAAGAGCCUCAGGCAGAUAAUCGACCAGGCCGGUCGGCUGGCCGAUCGGUACCUGCCACCCACGCAGGCCCAGCCGAUCUCCAAGCUGGCGUCUCAGCUGACCACGAUGACCGAUGCCCUCUGCGAGCUCCGGCAGAACGACAAAGGAACAUCGGCACAGGGCGAGGCGCUGGCCCGUGGUAUCAAGGACAAGGUGAACGAGUUGCGCUCCAACAUUGCCUCGGCGAUCAUCGACGCCGACAAGUCCGGGGGAAUCCAGGCGGCUCACACGGUUGCCGGUAGGCUCGAGCAGGCCAACAAGUGGCUGCUCAAUCCGCAGCACGACGACAAGGGCCUGGGCCGUAAGGCCAUCGAUCUCAUCAUACACGAGGGCAAGAAGGUAGCGGAGGGCUUGCCCGGGAUCCACAAGGCCGAGAUACUCCAGCUUUGCGACGAAGUGGACAACCUGUCGCACCAGCUGGCCGACCUCUGCGCCAGGGGCGAGGGCAACGGGCCGCGAGCCCAGGAGAUCGCCCGGCAGCUGUCGCAGAAGCUCCACGAGCUCAAGAACAAGAUCCAACAGGCUGUCGUGUCGCGCGUCGUCGAGGACUUUAUCGACAUUACCACGCCCCUCAAGCAGUUCACCGAGGCGGUGCUCGCCCCCGAGGGCACGCCCGGCCGCGAGCAGAACUUCAACGACAAGACCCUCAAUCUGCAGAACUUCUCCAACAGGGCGGCGAAAACCGCGAGGAUGGUCGCUGCUGGUGGAAGCGGUGGAAACAAAAAGCUGGCCGAGGCCCUGAACGCGACGGCUUCGCAGCUCGAGUCCCUGACGCCGCAGCUGAUAAACGCGGGCAGGAUCCGCAUGACCUACCCGGAGAGCAAGGCCGCCGACGAGCACUUUGAGAACCUGCGCCAGCAGUACGCCGACACGAUACAACGGGCCCGUAGCCUCUGCGACGAGGCGACCGACGGGGCGGACUUUGUCAAAGCCUCCGAGGAGGCGAUGAAGAAGCACACGGUGCUCUGCGAGGACGCCAUUGCCAAGCGCGAUCCCCAGAAGAUGGUCGACAACACCUCGGCCAUCGCCAGACUGGCCAACCGGGUGAUACUCGUCGCUAAGCAGGAGAGCGACAACAGCGAGGACCCGGCCUUCAUACACAGGGUCAACCAGGCGGCUGACGUGCUGCAGAGCUGCGUGGCUCCAAUGGUCCAGGACGCCAAGGCCGUGGCUAUGAACAUUAACGACGGCUCGGCCAUAUCGCGCUGGCGCGACAGCAAUCGAGCGUUACUGUCAGGUGUCGGCCAGGUGAGAAAGGCCAUCACAGUCGAGCCGGAGGGCCGAGGCACCCCGAUACCACCGCCCCCGCCUAGUCUGGCGAAUCUGCGCAUCCAGGACGGAGGAGAGGGCGCCGAUCGAGAACAAAAGAAACAGAUAUACCAAGACGAUCUUAAACCCGGUGUCGGUAGAAAGAGUAGAGAAAUGGCUCCACCGCGUCCGCCACUACCGUGUGGAGAGGUACCGCCACCGAGACCACCGCCACCCGAAACCGACGACGAGGACGAGAUGUUCAUGCACGCGCCUCAACCGAAUCAGCCCAUAAUGAUGGCAGCUCACGGACUGCACCAGGAGGUCAAACAGUGGUCCAGCAAGGACAACGAGAUCAUCGCCGCGGCCAAGAAAAUGGCCAUUCUCAUGGGCAGACUGUCCGGUCUGGUGCGGGGCGAGGGUGGCAACAAGCGCGAUCUCAUUGCUUGCGCCAAGGCCAUCGCCGAGGCUUCGCAGGAGGUCACGCGACUCGCCAAGGAACUCGCGAGGGAGUGCACCGACAAGCGUAUUCGUACGAAUCUCCUUCAAGUUUGCGAACGUAUCCCAACCAUCGGGACGCAGCUCAAAAUCUUGUCGACCGUCAAGGCAACGAUGCUCGGUGCUCAGGGCACAGAGGAGGACCAAGAAGCGACGGACAUGCUGGUGGGCAAUGCCCAGAACCUCAUGCAGAGUGUCAAGGAGACAGUCCGAGCGGCCGAAUGCGCGAGCAUCAAGAUCCGAACAGCCUCGGGGAUAAAACUGCGCUGGGUGCGCAAGCAUCCUUGGUACCAGUAUUAAAUGAAAAAACGAUAGUCAAAGACGAAAGAAAAAAUCAUCGACAACAACAAAGACUACAUUGUCAUUUUCAGCCAUUGUGUCUCCCUUAUAUUCCCUCCUCUGAUGCGUGCGUCGUGUUUUGUCCUCGAGUAAUUCUCAUAUUUUUUCAUGCCAUAUUAAAGAUAUAACGAUGAUUUAGAUAAUUGUCUAGGAUGUAACGACGAGUUUCCCACUUAAUUAAAUUCUAUUCUUUUUUCUCUCUUUUUUUUUUCUAUCUUUUGCUUGAGUGAAUGAGAUAGUCGGACCCUUCUUUUUUGACCACGAAAUCGGGUUGAUCGAGCUUCUUUAGAGAAAUAAUUGAUGUGUGCAUUUUAGAUCACAAACUGUUUUAUAAAAAAAAAAAAAAAAAAAGGCCUGUAGUAGGCUUGGUGAAAUAGGAUUAUUAGAUUUAGCUUGUUAAUUAAUAAUCGUGCAUUAAUUAAAAUCAAGACAUAAAAGUAUGUAAUUAGAUUUGUAAAAAAUUUUAACAGAAUCGUGGUGCACUAAUAUUAAGAACUAAUUUUAUGGUCCACCACCACUGAUGCCCAACUUGGUUUAUAAAUUUUUAUGAAUUUCUUGACUAAUUGUAUAAAUUUGUACUAAUGCGUGUAAUAAUAAAAGGUACACGAACCUUGCGAAGCUUUUUACAAGUAGUAUAAAACACGCGUCACAGUGCCGAAAGUAACAGUACCUUUGUGUAUAAGCACACAGGCGUGUGUCCUGUAUUUUAGAAAUAAGGUGCAAUAAAAAUGACCAUAUGUAGAGAGAGACAAAAAGAUUUGUAUUCCCGAGGCCGCUAUUUUUUAUAUAAUAAAAAAAAUGUGCAAAGAAGUGCAUGAAGGCAACUCAGUGUAAUCGACUUUAUUUAUUUUUGUAUAUCUCACGAGAGAAAUGUGCAAUAUAUAACGAUGGAAAGUCGACAGAGUCCAUAUUUUAGGUCACAUAAUAAGCCUUCCCAAAAAGUAGACAAAAAGCUAUAUAUAUAUAUGGUGCUAAUGGUAUUUUAGUACUAAAUCGGUUGUUAGGUAUACCAGAAUUCGAAGCAUAGAUAAUCGCAGAGACGUGUACUAGUUUUGUAAUCGAGCUUGCUGUGCAAAUAAGAGCCUUCCGUCUACUUACAAUUAUUGACCAAUAAAAAAUAUCCAUCCUUUUACAGAUCGGACUGGAAUGUUUUUGAACGUGAUUUUUCUAUUUAUUGUUUAUCAAGAAAAAACUACAUAUAUUGUAUAACCCAUGAUUUAUAUUUGUAAUGUAAUA